UCGGCAUCCUGUCGAUAGCGCGCCCACCAACCGCCGUGGCGCGACUUCCAACGCAUCCGUCCGUCUCUCAUUCUUAUUCUCUACCUUAUUCAUACUGAGGAACACUACCAUGCGUGUGGUUGUGCCAUGAGACAAGCAGUGUCUUUGUGCCUGUGGCCAGAGCAACAGUCACACUCCUACUACGUUGCUGCGACGGCAUCGUGUCCCGUAUCCGGUGGUUCUGGUUGGCGGCGGCGACGUGACCGUUAACUUUACAGUCGCAUCUUCGCUUCUUGAUUACGUUCCUCGCCUCGACGGCCAGCUAUGGAGACGGCGGCCUACAAACGCUCCCGAGCGCGUCCUGGCUACAACGUGCCGAAGGAACCGACGCAGGAGGAACGUCUCGAGCGCCUGAACACGGCCAUUCAGGCGAUCACUUUCGAUGACGUUCGGACGGUAGUGUCGUGCAUCCCCGGCAACAUCGAAGUGGGCGCCACUUACGACCUGGUGUUGGGGGCGAGCCAGAACAAACCCCGGAGAGUGAAGGCAAGUCUCCUCCACCUCGCCGUCCACCACCGGGCUGCCCAGUGUGCCAAGCUCCUUCUGCAUCUAGGGGCGCCGACCGAGGCCACAGACAGCGAGCUGGGCGAUUGCGCCAUCCACGCCGGCGUCAGGAUGUCCCGCUACGACUUGGUGACCCUCCUGCUGGAGUACGGCGCCUCCCCGACCUCCACCAACGCCGCCGACGACACUCCCCUGCACCUAGCGGCUAAGCAGGGCCUCGUGCACACCUGCAAGGCUUUGCUCGAGGCUGGGGCCGACCCAACGGCAAGGAACAGGUAUAACGAGACGCCAUGGGACACCGCUACCCUCGCCGGCUCCCCCUCCUCAUUGGCCUGCGCAGACAUCAUUCUAACUAACCAUCUGCAGGCCAAAGACAGCGCCAGGAGUCUAAGGCAGCUGACCAGUCGGCCCGUGUGACUUGGUUCUUGUGUGUGGGAUUUUCCCUUUUCCUUUUUUUUUCUCUUUCUCUCUCUCUCUCUCUCUCUCUAUCUCUCUCUCUCGCGAAAGAUCGUUUAAGAUGUAGUAAGAUAAAGACUUAUAUUGUAUUUUUGUAUUAGUUGUAGUUUAAUUUUUGUAUUUGGUAGUGUUGAGAACUUCAGAAUUAUUGAGAGAGUGUUUACAUACACACACACACACACACACACACACACACACACACACACACACACACACACACACACACACACACACGCACACACACACACGCAAUAUAUAUAUAUAUAUAUAUAUAUAUAUAUAUAUAUCCACACACACACGUACGCUCAAAUAUAUAUAUAUAUAUAUAUAUAUAUAUAUAUAUAUAUAUUCAUACACAUACAAUCGCAAGUAAUGGUACUUUUAAUUUAAGUUUAAUUUUCUUAUAUCAUUCGAUGCAUUUGAAUGAUUUCAAGGCUUAUUACUAUUGUAUAUAUCUAUAUCUAUCUAAGAGUCCAAAGCUAUAUAACUAAAGGUAAUGAACAUGUGUGGUUAUCUACAUUGUUGAUUAUGUACAUAACUGUAAUUCAGAUAUAUCUAGGAUUCUGUACUUGUAGAUAAUAAUAUAAGAUACCGAAAAGAGUGAAAGAAUGUUUACACAUGAUGUAAAUACUCAUUUCAGAUAUUUAUCUAAUAAAAAUGUAAAUUGGU